AUGAAACCAGAAAUGAUUGGUGCGGUACGGGCAGUUUCCGGUUAUUUUUUCGAUCCAAUGCCGUAUCAUCCAUAUGCUAGUGGUUUGGAUGGUACGCGGCGUAAAAAUGCAACACGUGAAACAACUGCGCCACUUAAAUCAUGGCUUAAUGAACAUCGGAAAAAUCCAUAUCCGACAAAAGCGGAAAAAAUUAUGCUUGCAUUACUCACAAAAAUGACUUUAACACAGGUGUCAACAUGGUUUGCAAAUGCUCGUCGACGAUUAAAGAAGGAAAAUAAGAUGACAUGGUCACCACGUAAUCGACCAGGUGAUGAUGACGAUGAUGAUUUAGGUGAUAUUGAUGCAUCAUCCGAGCAAAAUCAUUCCGAUCGUCCAUGUAGCAGUGCAUCUGAUGGUGAUAUCUCUGUUGUUAUCAAUGAUACCAGUGAACACGAUGCAUCCGGUGAUAUACAAUCAAAAUCAAUCACACCACCAUUACAAUCAUCAUGUUCUGAAGCAAAUAUUAAUUUACCACGAUUAUCAUCAUCAUCGUCAACAACAACAACAAUAACACCAACAACAACAACAACAACUACUACUACAGUAACAACACCAAGGAAAACAAAAAUUUGGUCUAUUGCAGAAACAUUAUCAAGUAAUACAGGUGAAGCAAAUAGUAGUAAUAAUUGUUGUAUCGGAUAUGGUAGUAAUAAAGAUGAUUAUGAACGUGCAUCAACAUCAGUUGAAAGAAAAUCAUGGAAUGAUGAUCAAGAAUCGAUGAUACAAUCUGAUAUCGCUUCAACAAUGAUUAAUAUUAAUCAAACAAUACCAUCAUCAUCAUCAUCAACAACAUUAUCAUCAUCAAUAUCACAAUCAUUACCAUUAACAUCAUCAUUGUUACCUCCAAAUGCUUCUACUAUUACUGCUAUUAAUGGUCAAAUACCGCAUCAUUUUUUACAAUUUCAUCCAUGGCAACAACAACAACAGCAACAUCAACAUCAUCAACAUCAUCAUCAUCAACAACAUCAUCAUCAUCAGCAACAACAACAACAAUUAGCUAUGGCAAUGGCUAUUCGUAUGCCAUUUCCUAGGCCAGAAUUAUUAACAAUGAUGGCACAAGCAAGCCAUAUUCGAUCACCAAUGUUAUUUAAUCCAAUGUUUAUGGGUGCAAUAAUGCCUGGAAUAUCAACAACAAAUCAUCCAAUACAUUCAACUCAUUUGUCAACAACACAAUCUAAUAAUACAUUGUUAACAAAUGGUUAG